UUGACAAGCGCGAGAUUUUCUUCGCUGCUGUCCACCCUAUGGCUCGGUCGAAGGGAGGCGCAGGAGCAGCGGCAGCGGCAGUGUGAGGAGCUGACAGCGGCGGCCAUGGCCAAGCAGCGCGAACUGGAGGGCCUGACGGCCGCGUGUGAACGUCAGCGGCAGGAGUACACGGAAAAGGAGGAGCUGAUCGCGGCCAUGGAGGAGUACGUCACCCAGAAACAGACCAGUGGCAUGGCACUCCUCCGACAGCUCCAGACCGAUACGUCCAGUGCAGAGCAACAGCUGCAGCAGCUGCGCGGCCAGGUCGCGGCCGAGGCGCAGCGUCACCGGGAGGCGCAGGAGCAGCGGCAGCGGCAGUGUGAGAAGCCGCGCAACCUGAUGGAGCAGCUGCCGUUGCCGCAACAAAAGCCGUAUAGGCCCCCGCUCUUUUCCCGAUUCCUAUACCCUGAGGACCUGGAGGAGAUGUAGGAGCACUACUAGGCCUGACGGUGGUGGGUGACGGACGCUCAGUGGUGGGCCUGACGGGCGCUCAGUGGCAGUGUUGGGUACAGUUUGCUUGCGCCGCGAAAUGUGUGAGGCUGGGUGAUGCGUGCUGGGUGAGGCUGGGUGAUGCGUCGGAUGUGCAGGUGGAGAAGUAGGUGAAAUUUAACAAUGAUAUGCGCCAAGGGACAUGGGCGCUGAGGGAGGCUGGGUGAUGGGUGGUGCUGGGUGAUGCUGGGUGACGCUGGGUGAUGCGUGCUGGGUGAUCGUGCUGUCAACGAAGCAGCUUAGUUUCGCGGGUAACUGCGGGUAACUGUUUACAACUACCAGGU